CCCUUAAAUUCUCUCCAAGUAAUUUUUCCACAUCAAAAUCUGAUCUCACAUUUUAAUUUCUUUUCGGCACAAAGAAGAUUGUGACACAUUGUAUCACUCCCCUCACACCCACAUCCAUUUUUUCCAUGUUUUCUAACUUGACUGUUGUUCUUAAAUUUCACUAUUUUUUUCGUUUAAUUCUUCUUCUUCACACUCAAUUUUCUCUCCUGGGUUUUGCUCCAAUCAUCAUUUCUUCAUCUGGGUUUGCUCCAAUCAGCAUUUCUUACUCUGGGUUUUGCUCCAAUCAUUGAUUCAUAAUCUGGGUUUUUUCAAAUGGCUUCAAUUGGAUCUCAUCCUUCUUUCAUUGUUGGGGCAACAAGGGAGAAUUCUGUUCUAUCUCACACUCUUAGUAGACCUAAAUUCCAUUGUUACUCUUCUAAAGAAAGAUCUUUUCUGGGUUGUGGUGGCUCCAAAUGUGGGUUAUUGAAGGUUGAGAAUGGAGAUAAAAGCAAAAGGGUUUUAGCAAUUGGAAAGAGUGGUAAUGAUGGAGGUGAUGACGAGGCUGAGGAUAGAAUUCAAGCUACUAUUAAUAAAAGCAAAAAGGUUUUAGCUUUACAAAAAGAGUUACUUCAACAGAUUGCAGAAAGGAAAGAACUAGUGUCUUCUAUAAGAAAGAGUAUUACCCAGUCAGAAGACGAGCAAAUAUUCUUCGAUGGGACUGAUAAAUCAACACAAGACCCCGUUAUCAGCGGAGUUGACAUUGAUGAGCAAUCUGCAAAUGGAAUUGCUUCUAGCAGGUAUUCUCCUUCAGCUGAAGUUAAUAUUCCUGUUGGUGUUGAAGAAGAGAAGGUGCUUGAGAGAAAAUUGCCAACUGAGCAAGUUCCCCGUAACAAGAGUGCCCAAGAGAUGUCGAAAGCAAAUGAUUCCUUUGAAACAUAUCGGUCUGAAAAAGUGCCGUUUUAUCAAUUUAAACCUUCUGAGUCCUAUAGUGUGAACGAAGAAAUGGCCGGGGAGGUUGGAAAUGUGAGCUUUGGAGAUUCGAAAAGUGAAGGCAAUGGAAUUCCUGUAGAAGAAAACAUCGAAUCCCCUCCACUGGCUGGAGUUAAUGUCAUGAAUAUUAUAUUGGUAGCUGCAGAAUGUACGCCUUGGUCCAAAACAGGUGGACUUGGGGAUGUUGCCGGGGCUUUACCGAAGGCAUUGGCUCGGCGAGGACAUAGAGUUAUGGUUGUGGCGCCAUAUUAUGGAAACUAUGCUGAACCUGAACACACGGGAGUCCGCAGGAGGUAUACAGUAGAUGGGCAGAAUAUGGAGGUAAACUACUUCCAAGCCUACAUUGAUGGUGUUGAUUUUGUCUUUAUAGAUAGCCCAAUAUUUCGAAAUAUUGAGCAUAAUAUAUACGGAGGAAAGCGGGAGGAUAUCUUAAAACGAAUGGUUCUCUUCUGCAAGGCAGCUGUCGAGGUUCCUUGGUAUGUUCCAUGUGGCGGGGUCUGCUAUGGAGACGGAAAUUUGGUUUUCAUUGCAAAUGAUUGGCACACUGCGCUAUUACCAGUAUAUCUCAAGGCUUAUUAUCGUGACAAUGGUUUGAUGAGUUUUACUCGGUCCGUCCUUGUGAUCCACAACAUAGCACACCAGGGUCGUGGUCCUGUUGACGAUUUCAAAUACGUGGAUCUACCUGGACAUUACUUAGACCAUUUCAAGUUGUAUGACCCACUGGGUGGCGAUCACUUCAAUAUCUUUGCUGCUGGCUUGAAAACAGCUGACCGUAUAUUAACUGUGAGUAAUGCUUAUGCCUGGGAGAUUAAAACACAAGAAGGUGGUUGGGGUCUGGAUGGGAUUAUAAAUGAUAACCAUUGGAAGCUGAGUGGAAUUGUGAACGGGAUUGAUACAACAGAAUGGAGCCCACAAGUGGAUGUUCACCUUAAAUCUGAUGGUUACACUAAUUACUCUCUAGAGACCCUUCAUACUGGCAAAGCCAGAUGCAAGGCAGCACUGCAGGAAGAGCUUGGCCUGCCGAUUCGCGAAGAUGUUCCUCUAAUUGGUUUCAUUGGGAGACUAGAUCACCAGAAAGGCGUGGAUCUCAUCGCGGCGGCCAUGCCGUGGAUGGUGGAUCAGGAUAUACAGCUGGUCAUGUUAGGAACCGGGAGACCAGAUUUGGAAGACAUGCUUAAGCAUUUUGAAGGCCAGUAUAGGGAUAAGGUUAGAGGAUGGGUUGGAUUUUCCGUGAAAGUGGCUCACAGAAUCACUGCCGGGGCUGACAUUCUACUCAUGCCAUCAAGAUUCGAGCCUUGUGGACUGAACCAGCUUUAUGCAAUGAAUUAUGGGACCGUUCCUGUUGUUCAUGCUGUAGGCGGGCUUAGAGACACUGUGCACCCAUUUGAUCCUUAUAAUGAGUCAGGGUUGGGGUGGACCUUUGGUAGGGCUGAAGCUGAUCAGCUUAUACAUGCAAUGGGGAAUUGCUUACUCACGUAUCGGGAAUACAAGGAAAGUUGGAAGGGAAUUCAGAAACGCGGAAUGAUGCAGGAUCUGAGUUGGGAUAAUGCUGCUCAAAAUUAUGAGGAGGUCCUCGUUGCUGCCAAGUACCACUGGUAGUUACUUGGUGGAGAACUUGCAAACUGGUUAUAUCUGUGCUUACUGCCAGUAAUUAGAGUCAGGUGGCACCACCAGGAAGCAUUAGUCCUCAAGAAAUACGCUCUGAAGGAAAACUGCCAAACGUCAGUUUUCUUGGUAAAUAUUGUCAGGCAUCUUCAUUGUCUCCUCUCUUCUCUACCACUUAGUGUUAAUAAGGUUGAAUAAAGGGGUAGACAUCCAAAAUAGUUUUAGCCGAGUUAGCAAAGAUACUCCAAUUGUCAUUUUUCUUUUGCAGUUGGAGACAUAGAUUUCAGUCUUCUUUCUUUUUAAUGGUUCUGUGAACCUGCAGCUGAGAGUUACCGCUCCUGCACUUUCUUUUUCUCUAUUAUUUUGUAUAAAUGUUGCUUCAGUCAAUAAAAUGUUAUGGACCAUC